AUGCCAAACUUAUCAUCCCAAAUACUGUCGAGGAUGCAGCAGGGAAGGACGACGUGCCUGCAGCUGCUCUACUUCAGAUGCAUGUCCACGAUUGCUUUAUUAGGUUGCUAUAUGUAUGACCCGAUAAUUAACUUCACUUUCGACUUGAUGAAGGGGUGUGAUGGCUCCGUGCUCCUGAUCUGCAUCUGCAAAGGGAACAACAAGGCAGAAAAGAACGAGCCUCCCAGCGUCCCGCUGCACACAUUUUAUGUGAUCAACAGUGCAAAGAAGGCACUCGAAGAGCAUUGCCCAGCAGUUGUCUCUUGCACCGAUAUCUUGGCCAUGGUUGCCCGAGAUGCUGUUGUGCUGGUAUAUUAA